UAUUAACCGAAAUAACCCAGUUGAUUUACGGAACAUAGCCAUAGUGAGGGGUGUUUGCGAUUUAUUUAAUAAUGUAAAAAAUAUACUACGCCACUGCCCACUGGCAAUUUGGCAACUAACUUCAUACCGGUGCUGGCGAUGCUUGUGCUCAGUUAAGUUGCUCACAGCUCACAGCUUUGUGCUUGAUGUUUUGACUUUUGAGGCUAUUUCCUAUUUUCAUCAAUAUUUUCAAUUUUCAUGUGUACAUUAAUACGUUUUAGUAUUCAGUAGCUUGAGCUUGAGUAGCUUACUACUUACUAGCUAAGUAACUAAUCACUUCCAGCAGGUCAAUUGUUCAUUUGCAAGGAAAAUUAUGAUAUAGAUAUCAUAUAUUUACAUUUUGAUUUUAUUCAAAUCAAAUUAAUCAAUUGAGAUCAAGAAGUGUUAAGAUUGAAAACACCAGUUCAUCAUGUACCGAACAGACAAGCAAUUCAUGAAAAACCCGGCUACUGCUGGAGCGAGAAUUUAUGUGGGUAAUCUGCCAAAAACAGUGGUAGCAAAUGACCUAGAAGAAAUAUUCAAACAACAUGGAAACGUGGUGGGUUUGUCGGUAAAUCUGGGUUUUGCUUUUAUCCAAUAUGAGCAUGACCAAGAAGCCCAAACGGCAAUUCAGAAAGAGAAUGGCACCAUUAUUUGCGGAAAAAAAAUCAUGGUGAAACAAGCUCUGGACAAAACAAAACCACUCAAUCCUAAUCAGAAUACAGGCCCAAGACCUCCUAUUCAGAGAGGAGGUCCACCUGCUCCUCCACAGAAACAAGGUCCUCCACCUCCAUCCCUACCAGUUCAAGAUACAUCUAAACCUAGUAAUCCUCCCUCACAGCAACCUCCUCAUGGUCUUCCUGGUAUAAAAAAUCUACCAGAACCAAAAUUCAGCAAACCAGACAAAGAAGAUUUUAAUGAUGAGAUAAUAGAGGAUGGUAGACCUAAUAUUCGUCCUCCAGGUCCACCUCAACAUGAUGAUAGGGGGCCAAAGGGUGGUAGAAUGGGAGGACGUGGAGGAGGCAGAGGCAGGCCAAAUGAUCAUGAACGGUUCACUGGUAGAUUUGAGCCUCCACCAAAGAUGGAUAUGUAUAGGGAUAGAGAUCCUUACUUUGGUAGAGACAAUAGAGACUUUGGGCCACCUCAGAGAGAACCAUUCAUGCCACCACCUAUUAUUGAACCUAUUCCUGCUCCAGAGAAAAAUGAUUGUGAAAUAAUUGUUGUUUCUAAAGCAUUAACUGAAUAUGCAGAGUUCAUUGAACAGAAGUUGAAGAAACUUGGACUUAUGGUUGACUUGCUUUUUCCAAAUGAAGAUGUUCCAAUAGGAAAAGUCCUUGCAAAUAUAUCUAGUAGAGGAUGUUUGUAUGCCAUCUUGGUUAUGCCAAUCAAUGAAGAACACAGAAGUUUAACUUUGAAUGUUCUUCAUGGUCUUACUCAAGAACACAGAAACAUGCCAGUAGAUGAUGCAAUGAUUUUCAUUUCUCGAAAUUUUGAAUCAUAUAUGAAAGGUGAACAUACACCUUCUGAUCAGACAGGACAAAUGACAUUAUUGGAUCGCCACCCAGUUCAAAUACAGAUGUUGUUGAGUAUGCUCGUUGAAAACCGUCAAAUCUCAACGCCCCAAUAUGACAGACUAAUGAAGUAUUUGCAAGAGAGAAGAGAAUUGCAACAGGAGUACGAAAUAGCAGAGGGCAUAACUCCGGAAGACGAGUCUGAUUCCAAGAAAGCGGAACUGCAGAACAGAAUAAUGAAUAUUCUGAACAAGUCUGCCGACGUGCCCAUCCCCACGUCCAUAACAGCCCCAGAUCCUGUCCCAACCUCGGAGCCUACUCCGAUCUUGAAGGAUCCCACGGUUCAGAAGGCUCUGGACAGUUUGAUGUUGGGCGAUAUGUUCAAAAACAUGGCCGGCUAGAUGGUCCCAGAUAACACCAACCAUCGGUCCAGCAUUUGUAACGUACAGGGUGAUCUGUUAAAACUUUUCUAUAAGUGAUGAUCAUGAUCAUAAGGGGUGGGUAAUUUAUAUUGAACCACCCUGUACAUAAAUGAAAGUUGACACCCUGUACAUGCAAUGUGUUUUACGAUUCUCGAAACAUUGACUUUAUAGAAUUUAAGGUUAUAACAUUUGUAUUCAUUCUUUAUGUUUAGUAAAUAAUGAGUGAAUA